AUGAGUGCUGCCGCUGAAUCCGCUGCGGCCAAGAAGGCAUCAAAGCCGGCUUUGCCCAAGGUAACCGCCGCCCAUCCCCCUGUCCUCGACAUGGUUAGGUCUGCCAUCAUCUCAGCCUAUGACCGUAAAGGAUCAUCCCUGGCUACAAUUAAGAAGCAUAUAGCUGCCAACUAUAAGGUUGACGUUGAGAAGUUGGGCCCACACAUCCGCCGUUGCAUCACCCAUGCUGUCGACAAAGGUGUGCUCGCACGCGUUGGCAACAAAGGAAAAGGGGCCUCGGGCAGCUUCAAAGUCGCCGAAAGAUCGACCAAGCCGAAGGUUGCCAAGCCUAAGACCCCGAAGAAAGGCAAAGCUCCGAAGCCCAAGGGAGACAAGAAGGCUAAGUCUGUCAAGCCCAAGGUUUCAAAGCCUAAGAAAGCCAAGACGCCCUCAAAGCCCAAGGCAGAGAAGAAGGCAAAGGAGCUGAAAAGGGUGAAGACACCUAAGAUGGUUAAGACCCCCAAGCCGAAACCCGCCAAGAAGGUCAAGGCUGCGCACGCCAAGCCUGUCAAAAAGCCUCUAAAGAAGACAGAAGCUAAGUAG